AUGACGCUUUACUUCGAAAAUCCUGAUCAUCAAGGUCACCAAGUUGGCCCUGAUGAUCCUCAGAUCACAGAAGCUGUAGUGAACAUCGAUAGGUUAAUAGGAAGAAUCAUCGAUGGGUUAGAGAAAAGAGAGAAAGUCGUUGUUCUUGAUGAUUUAGCUUCUUGGAUCGAAAUCCCUAGCAGCUGGGUUCAGUAUUACACUCCGUUGCUAGCGAUUAAACCGCCUUCGAAUGGAAACGCAGCGGAUAUGUGGCGAAGAUGA